AUGAUUUGUUUUACUUUUAAAUUUUCCAACAACAAAAAGCUCUAUACACUUAAGCCGUUACAUUUAAAUAAUACGGCUAAAGCUGAAAAGGAAUGGAUAUUCUUUAAUCGUUUAGAAAAAGUAGGCUCUCAAAGUAUGAUAGUUUUCCUGGAAGCACUAGCAGAUGCCAAUAAUUUUGUAGCACAUAUAAUGAAACAAAAUGCCUAUGUUCGCCUUACCUACACCGAAGAGGAAGAAAAGGCUAUGGCCGAAGAUCUAGAUGAUGUCGAAGAAGUCAUGUCUUAUACGGAACAUACAAAUUGGAUCAAUUUUACUAAAUACGAUCUACCCAAACCGAUUUAUAUAAAUCUGGUAAGACAUCCCCUAAGAAAGACAAUGUCGGCUUAUUACUACAAUCGACGACCAGAAGUUUAUGAGUAUUAUAAGAAAAAAUACAAUCGUACAAUGAGUGCAAAAGAAAUACGAAUGUCCUUUAACGAUUGUGUUAAGGAAGGCAAAAGACCAGAGUGUAAAUUUGAUUCGAAAAAUCCAUUCAAUGCGGACUGGCGUAGAGCUGCUCUACAUUUCUGUGGCAAUAAGAAUGUGUGCAAACAAUUUAAUUCCCAAACGGCCACACAAAUAGCCAAACGUAAUAUAGAACAGGAUUAUGCUGUGGUGGGCACUUGGGAGGAAACUAAUAUAACGUUAUCAGUGCUGGAACAUUAUAUACCGCGCUUUUUCAAAGAUGCCACGAAAAUAUUCUACAGUGACGUUAAUAGAUUUCGCAAAAAUGUCACACCUCAUAAAUCGGAAUUGGAACCGGAAGUGGAGGCAAAAUUAAAAAUACAAUUUGCUUUUGAAAUCGAAUUGUAUAAUUUUUGCAUGCAGCGUCUUUAUAAACAGUAUAUAGCGAUUAAAAAGGAUGAAAUGAUGAAAAAAUUUGAGAAGAUGCCUAUAUACGUUUCGUUUAUUACGGAAGAAGAAGAACAGGCCAUAGCCGAAGAAUUAGAUGAAGUCAAUGAGCCCAUGUCGUAUUCGGAACAUACAAAUUGGAUUAAUUUUACACAAUUCGAUUUACCCAAACCGAUUUAUAUAAAUCUCAUAAGAUAUCCCAUUAAUAGGAUCAUGUCAGCCUAUUAUUUCAAACGUCGUCCCGACGUCUAUGAGUUCUAUAAGAAAAAGUUCAAUCGCACAGAUUAUGAUGAGUCCUAUUUCAAAACUUCAUUUAAUGAUUGUGUUAAGCAGGCUAAACGAGAAGAGUGUAAAUUUGAGGCCGAUUCUAGAUACAAUGCGGACUGGCGUAAAGCUGCUAUACAUUUCUGUGGCAAUAAACCGGUGUGCAGACAUUUCAAUUCUCCAGCGGCCACACAAAUUGCCAAACAUAAUAUAGAACAGGAUUAUGCUGUAGUGGGCUCGUGGGAGGAUACCAAUAUUACUUUAACUGUACUGGAACAUUAUAUACCACGUUUUUUCAAGGAUGCCACAAAAAUAUUUUACAGCGACUCUAAUAAAUUCCAUAAAAAUGCUACACCCCAUAAAUCGGAAUUGGAACCGGCCGUGGAGGCAAAAUUAAAAAGACAAUUUAGUUAUGAAAUCGAAUUGUAUAAUUUUUGCAAACAGCGUCUUUACAAACAGUAUAUAGCGAUUAAAAAGGAUGAAUUGAUGAAAGAAUUUGAGG